AUGUCUUCCAAUAAUGACCCUGUUGCAAUCCCAAUGAUAGAAAGAAAUCCUCAUGACCUUCCUGGAAUAGACACCAGUGACCUGAACACAUUGACUGGAGAAGCUGUGUUAAGUUUUCAUAACAUCAGUUAUCAAGAAACAGUGCAUUGUGGCCUUCCAUUUUGUAAAAAACCAUGUGUAAUAGAAAGACUAUCAAAUAUCAAUGGGAUCAUGAAACCUGGCCUCAAUGCUAUUAUGGGUCCUCAAGAUGGGAGCAGAUCUUUGUUAUUAGAUGUCUUAGCUGCAAGAAAAGAUCCACGUGGAUUAUUGGGAGAUAUUUUGAUAAAUGGAAAACCUCGACCUGCUAAUUUCACAUGUACUUCUGGUUAUGUGCCACAGAAUGACAUAGUGAUGCACACGGUGACUGUGAGAGACAACAUAGAGUUCUCAGCAGCUCUUCGACUGCCAAUGACUAUGACAAGAGAUGAAAAAAGAAGACGAGUUAAUGAGGUCCUUGAACUUCUGCAUCUGGAUAAAGAGUCAAAUGUCAAGCCUAGGUCUAAAGAGCUUGAGAAAAGAACCAGUAUAGCAAUGGAGUUGGUUGCGGAGCAUCCCAUUUUGUUCUUGGAUAACCCCACCACUGACUUAGACUUGAGCACUGCUACUGAUGUCAUCUCGGUCCUGAGAAGGAUGUCUAUGAGGGGACGGACCAUCAUCUUCUCCAUUGAUCAGCCUCAGUAUUCCAUCUUCAAGUUUUUUGACAGCCUCACCUUAGUGGCCUCAGGAAAAGUCAUGUUUCAUGGGCUUGCACAAGAGGCUUUGGAGUACUUCACAUCUACAGGUUACAACUAUGAUUCCCACAACAACCCUGCAGACUUCUUCCUGGAUAUCCUUAAUGGAGGUUUCUCUGCUCUAUUAGACACAGAGGAAGAUGGCCAUGAAGCUGAUGAACAUAUAGAUCUUUCUGAGAGACAGUACCAAGUCAGAGAAAACUUAGCCAAUAUGUAUGCCCAGUCCUCCAUCUACAGUGAAAUGAGAACUGAACUGGACUCACUCUUGGGAGAACAGACGUCAGGGAGGAGCUCAGCCUUGGAAGAGAUCACGUGUGUCACCCCUUUCUGGUAUCAGCUCUGGUGGAUCAUCUGUCGUUCAUUCACAAAUUUCAAGGGUUUUCCAUGGAUCACUGUAAUUCGGGCAAUUAUCUCAGUCUUAGUGGCUGUGUUUAUUGGUACCUUGAUCUAUCUUGUAAGAAAUGAUUGUGCUGAAGUCUAUACCAGACAUGAACACACCAGUGGAUAUUACAGAGUGUCAUCAUAUUUUUUUGGGAAAUUGCUCGGUGAGCUGGUGCCCAGGAGGUGGUUGCCAAGUAUUAUAUUUAUCGUUAUAAUAUUCAGCAUAACAGGAGUACGAACAGAUGUGAAGGGUUUCUUCACUAUGAUAUUUACCGUCAUUCUGUUGGCUAAUUGUGUCAGUUCCCUGCCACUGUCUAUAGGAGCAGGGGAUAAUGCAGCAGCUGUACCAACACAACUGAUAGCCAUCUAUUUUAUGUUCAUGGUGUUUAUCACAGGUCUGUCACUAUAUUCCAUAACCUUCAUGCACGACCUCUCCUGGCUUUACUACUUGAGCAUUCCACAUUACGGGUUUACAGCUUUGCUGCACAAUGAACUCAUGGGACAAAACUUCUGUCCAGAACACAAAACAGAAGAAAUCAAUAGAUGUUAUAACUUUGUAAUGUAA